CUACAAGUAAGCUUUGUAAUGCUGAUGUUUCAUGUGUUUUUUGUUUUCAUUCAUAGGUAAAUAUAAUAUUUUAAUAAUGGCAGUGUAAAUUUUAGCCACCAUGUUUUCGAGGUUACGUGGUAGAAAGCAAACACCGACAAAGAGUGCGCCGUCUGACGAAAAGGUUGAAAAUAUUGAAGCAGAAGACAAAAACAAGCAGGGCUUUAUCUGUCCAAUGUGCAUGACAUCUUUACCUGGUCCAGCAGAGCUUCAACUUCAUUUUGAGAAGGUGCACAGUGAAAAUAGUUCUGAAGAGAAACUUGUAGAUGUUGACGAUGAUGAAGAUCAGACCGAUGCUUUGCCAGAAAGUAGCACAGAUGACUUACUUUCUGGAUCAGCUUCAUCGGACUUCACAAAAACACGUCUGGACAUUUCAAUGACUUCGAAUGCACCUGAUGUUGAAAAAGAAGUUUUAUUAUUGGAACAAGAACUGGCAGAUUUAACAUCUGCAUUAAAGGAAGAGAAAUGGUAUACCAGGCAGUUACAAACAGAACUUGAUAAGGUGUCGAAAGAAAGAGACAAGUUAGAAGAGGAGAAAGGAAUAGUAGAAGAAGAAUUUACAUCACAAUUACGAUCUGCUGAAGAGGGGUAUCUGCAAGUUGUUCAAGAAAAUACGAAACUAAAGGAAGAAUUAAAAUUUGCUGAUUACAACACCACGAAGGAGAGACAUGACAAACUAAAACAACAAAUGCAAGUGUAUCAAAAUGAAGCUGAGGAGGAGAGACAAAGAAGACAAGCGGCUGAAGAUAACUUUAAACUUCUUCAGAAUGAAUUUCGGGAAGGAAAACUGGAAACUUCUAAAAUUGAGGAACAACUUCAAGCAAGACCAUCGUCUGACCAAAUUGUCACUUUACAGAACGAAAUUUCAAAGCUAAAUGAACAAACGUUACAUCUGCAGAAAACAAAUAAGGAAGAAAUAGAGAAAAUAAAGGCGGAAUCCAAAUCAGUAGUUGAUCAAUUAAAUAAUGAGAUUGCAAGUUUGAACAUGUCUGUUAAAGAGUUAACAUUGACUAAAGAAGCAAAAGAUGAGCAAAUAAACAGUUUGCAACUAGCAAUCACCAGUGCUUCAGAUGCAUCCACUCUGUCACAACAACAAAUCGCAGAAAAACAACAGCAAACUUUAGAGUUGCAACGUCAGAUAAACGAACUAAAUACACAAAUCAAAGAAAAAGAUGGUAUUAUUUCAGAAUGUGAGAAACGAAUUAGUGAUUCGAAACUCAAACUGUCUAAUGAGAAUAAUAAUAAGGAAAAACUGGAGAACGAACUUCAUUCUAUGAAAACAUCACUUGAAGAACAAACCUAUAAAAAUAUAUUGUUGUCAUCAAAUGUUAAAGAUUUAGAGAGUAACGUUGCCAAAGAAAAAGAAGAAGUCAACAGACUGGAAAAAGAAAAGAUUGAAUUAGUCGCAAGAAUAGAAGCAGGUGAAGGUACGCAAACUGUCAUUCAACAACUUACUCAGGAAAAGGACAAACUUCUUGAAGCCACCUCCUCUAUUGAAAAAACGAUGGCAGAACAAGUAAAACAACACACACAUGAAAUUGAACUUAUCAGACAAGAAAAAGUCAACACAGCAGACGAGCUACAGAAAUUCCAGCAAGAUUAUUCCAAGAUUGAAAAAUUGUUGCACGAACGGGACUUCCAACUGCAAGCUGCAGAAGGAAAUGUUGUCACUUUAAAAGAUGAAGUGAAAGCAAAGAAUGAACAGUUCUUUAUACUUGAAUCAGAGUCCACCGCCACAAAGACAGCUUUAAACAAAAAUCUUGAAGAGAAAAAGAAGAUUAUAUUAAGCAAUGUAGAUGAAAUUAAAACUUUGAGAGAGCAAACGGUGAAAUUGCAAGAAGAAUUAAAGAGUUGUGAUCAUCAACAAACACAGCAAGCAUCAUGGAUUGACACCAAAAAUAAAUCAAUAUCAGAAAUGACGUUAAAGAUUUCUUCUUUGCAAGAACAACUGAACUUGAAAGGUGUGGAUUUGGCUUCCGUUAGAAAAGACUUAGAGCAUGCCAACAGCAGCUUGAAAGAAUUGAAAGAAGCUCUGAACAAUAAGAUUGCUCAGAGUAAAGAAGAUAUGAAUGCUAUGACGUCAAAAUAUGAUGGUAUACAAACAGAAUUAUCAAACACAAAAUUGGAAAUGAAUAAAGUGAAAAACAAUCUUGAACUGUUGAAGACGGAAAAGCAACAACUGGAAAACAUUGAAACAGAAUUAUUGCAGAAAAAGAGUGAACUAACUAGUGAAGUUGAAAACUUGAACAUACAAAUCAAGACAAAAGAAGAAGAAAUAGCAGCUGUAAAAAUUGAAUGUGAAUCACAGUGUAACCAGUUGAAAUUAAACCUAAAAGAUGUAGAAGGCAAACAUACGCAAGAAUGUAUAAAAAAAGAUGAAGAAAUUGAUAGUUUAAAUAAUCAACUAUCAGAUGUAAAGAUCAAUUUGGAAGGAGAAAUUACGAAAAGAAAUGAAGCAGAUACUGAGAUUUUAUCAUGGCAAACGAAACAUGCCAAGUUGGAAAGCAUACUGGAACAAAAGGAUGAAGUUUUGAAUGAUGUACAGAAGAAACUCGAGGUUGCCGAGAAAGAAUUAAACAAACCUUGUGAUAGUUGUAAAAAUUACGAAAUUCAGUUGUGUAGAUUACAAGAAGCUACUAAGGAUCAAAGUGGGCAGAUUUCGAAGUUAAAUGAACAAAUAGCUUCCAUACAAGAUGAGAUACAGGUUUGUAAUCAACAAAUGACAGCUUUGACAACAGAAAAAGAAGAACAGUCGAAAAAUUUUGAGCAGAAAGAAAAUGAACUAAAUACAAAUAUUAAUAACCUUACUGAGGAAAAAAACAAGCUUGGAGAAACAAUCGAAGAGUUAAACAAAGACCUGAGAGAUCUUAAAACUGAUCAUUCUAACCUUGAAAACGAAAAGAAUGCUUUGGAACUUUUAAAGACGACGCUGGAGGAGGAAAAAAAGACUGUUGAAAAUGAUAGGAGUGAGUUGGAAAAAGAAAUCUUGGAAUUAAAAGUCGAUGUUGCAACUAAGGUUGAAGAAGUAACCAAGUUAACCAGUGAAAUGGCAGAAAAAGAAAAAAUAUCGUCAGAAGAAAAAUCUAAAAUGCAAGAUGAGAUUCUUGAAAAACAAACUAAACUUGAUCAGGAGGUUGAAGCUCACGAGAAAUCAAAACAGAACUCAUUAAAAGUUCAAGAAGUUCUUCGUGAAGAAUCUAUUAGAUUAAAAAACAACUUGGACCAAUCAAAAACUAAAACGGCAGACAUGUUAAAGUCAAAAGAAGAAUUAGAGAUUCGUUUAAAUAAUGAGAUAUCAACAGUUACAAAUAGCAUAACAAAACUUGAACAGGAAGUAACCAAUCGUGAUCGAAGAAUAUCUGAAUACAAAUUGAAAUUGAAAACAUCAGAAAAUGAAAAUAGUGAAUUAAAAAGAGAUCUUACUGUACUUGAAGCCCAAAUACAAAAUUCGAGUGAAGAGAAAAGGGCAUUGUUAGACAGAGUUCUUUCUACUGAAGAACAACACAAAAAGACGAAGCAGAAAUUAUCAGAAGCAAAUAAAAAACUGGAUCAUUCACUGGCUGCAUUGCAAGAACUUGGACAGGAGAAUCAAAACAUGCAAGUUCAACAAGCCAUCAAAUCAAAUCGACAAUGGGAAAGUGAUAGCGAAGUGAAGUCUUGCAAGAAAUGCGACAAAUUAUUUUCUCUGACUGUCAGAAAGCAUCAUUGCAGAAGUUGCGGGAUGAUCUUUUGUAGCGAGUGUUCCUCCUUCUCUGCAGUUGUUGCAUCCAGUAAGAAACCUGUGAGGUGUUGCGAACAAUGCUCAAUUGAGCUUAACAGUUUGAGAGGGACAGGCGCAAGGAGAUUAUCAACGACCUCCACGCAAUCAUCGCAGUCGAUGCGUUAAGAACGACGUCUCCAUCGCAUACGUGAAUCAAUGUCAACGUGGCAGGCGGUGUGUGUCGACUCGAACAGCGUGAUCUGUUAUUGACACACUUGUGGUAGUGUCCAUUCAGAACUGGAAAUAAUAUUAAACGACAUUGUUACAAAUACGAACUUAACGAACUUAAUAAGUCACUGAUUGUAUUCCUAAUAUAAUUUUUACUUCUUCUUUUCUAUUUUAAUAGCUAUAUAUGUAAAUUUUUGAAUUUUUGAAAUAUACUUUCAUGUGGAA